AUGAAACUCGUCACUUUUCUCAUUGCAUCUGUAUCUGUGCUGUCUGUCGCGGCCGUAGUACUUCCCACUGAUGAGGCCAUUUCAAGCUUAUCCAAACGAGGCAAAGAUACUUCCGAUAAACAUAAAAAGCCCAGCAAAAAGCCCAGCAAAAAACCCAACAAAAAACCCAGCAAAGGAUUUUCAUGUGUUGGAUGUGGCGACGGCAGUGAGGACGAAGAUGUUCCAAACCCAUAUGGCGAUUACAAGCCAUCUGGAUUCGAUGGAGGUCAAAAUCAGUACCCUUACUAUCCAACUGCAUACAGUGAUCAAUAA